AUGCCUCCAGACCCUGAACCAGGCUGUCUCAUCAGAGGAAACCCACAGGGGGAAGGCAGUGAUUCCCAUUGUCUGUCAUCUCCUACUAAAGAAAGUACCACUUUAUUCAUCAUGCCUAACGAUCAGAAGAACAUACCCCCAGAAGUCCAAAAUGACAGUGAUACCAACAAUGAGGCCCCCAGGUUAACCAAUGUCACCAAUGAGGUUGUUACUAUUUCUGAGGCUACCAAGGAACUAUCUCUUUUGUCUGAUCCUCACACAUCCAACUGUGAACGUAAUGCUGUUAAUUUUUCUAUGCCCAGCACGUCAUCAUUUACUCGAAUCACCCAGUUCACUUCCGGAAAUAUCAUCACUGUGUCAUUUGGCAGAUUGGCUAAUGGUUUCCAUAAUCCAAAAAUGAAUGAAACACCAAGGUCUGCACAGACUUUAGGUAAUAUCAGCAAUGUGUCUACUCGAGUAGAAAAGCGUAGUAAUGUGUCUGCAGAUAUAAUCGAGAGUAAAGUUGCCUCACUGGUGAAAUUAAUGCUGCUGAAAUAUCAAAUGAAAGAACCAAUAACCAAGGAAGAGAUGAUCCAGACAGUCAUCAAAAACUAUGAACAGCACUUCAAUGAGAUAUUCUUCAAAGCUCAUAAGCGGAUGGAAAUGAUAUUUGGCCUGGAUGUGAAAGAAAUCAAUGAAACCAACCACUGCUAUGUCUUCAUUAUAAGUCUAGGUCUCACAUUUGAUGGGAUGGGUUGUGGUAAAGAAGGAGUCCCUAAGACUGGUAUUCUUAUCCUAAUACUAGGUAUCAUCUUCAUGAAGGACAACUCUGCCACUGAAGAAGAUAUAUGGGACAUUCUGAAUCAAAUUGGAAUAUAUGAAAAUGAGCAUCAUUUUGUGUUUGGAGACACCAAGGACCUUAUAACAAAUCACUUUGUGAGAGAGAACUACCUGGUGUAUCGGCGGAGGGCCAAUGAAUCUAGUUGUUUUGAGUUUCUGUGGGGCAAAAGAGCUCAUGCCGAAACCUCUAAGAUGAAAGUUCUUGAGUUCAUGGCCAUGGUUAAUGAAACCGUCCCAAGUGAGUUUGGGUAUAAAUACGAGGAAGCACUGGAGGAUGAAAUCAAUAGGGGCUUAGCUAAGGACGGAUUCUGGACAAGUUUACCCAACUCAGAAGCUCAAUUUUUGGCCCUCAGUGGGUUCCAACAUGGCUCCAUGGUUCUGGAGGAAUCCUCUGUGUCCUUUUAUCCUUUGGUGACUGACAUUGAGAUGGAAGAUAUUGUGGUUGAUAUGGCCUGUGUUUCAGUGAGUGCUCAGAGUUGCUGCAUGUCUGCAGAUGCUGAGACAGUCACCUCAUCAAGCAAACCAGAGGAGGACUCUGAUGGCCAAAUAGUGGCUAAUAGCUCAGACCUCUCACAGACGAUAGCCAAUAUCUCCGCAGUGCUCCCAGAUGAUAUUGAUAGGAAAAUAGCUUUGCUGGUGAAAUUAAUGGUGCUCAAAUAUCAAGCCAAGCAGUCACUAACAAGAAAAGAGAUAGCUGAGACUGUCAUCAGAGAACAUGGAGACUACUUUGAUGAGAUCUUAUUCAGAGCCUGUCUGCGUUUGGAAAUGAUCUUUGGCCUUGAAGUGAAGGAAAUGGAGCCCAGUAUCCACUGCUAUGUCCUGGUCACCAAAUUGGGCCUGACCUUCGAUGGGAUGCUGUGUGGUGAAGAGGGCAUUCCCAAGACCGGCAUCCUGAUUCUUGUGCUGGGUUUGAUCUUCCUGAAGGGCAACUCUGCAACCGAACAAGAAAUCUGGCAAGUGCUGAACCUGAUCGGAAUACAUACAGAUGAGAGGCACUUCGUCUUUGGAGAUACCAAGGAGCUCAUCACCAAAGAUUUUGUGAGAGAGAAAUAUCUCAUAUGCCAGCAGAUACCCGACAGCGAUCCUGAGCAGUUUAAAUUCCUCUGGGGCCCACGAGCCCAUGCUGAAACCACCAAGAUGAAAGUUCUGGAGUUUAUGGCCAAGAUUCAUGGGUCUGAUCCAAGUGACUUCGGACAUUGGUAUGAGGAUGCUUUACAAGAUGAAGCAGAGAGAGCUGGUUCUUCUACUAGCAGCCACUAG